AUGGUACUGUCGUAUGAGACCGGCGUUGCUCUGACCGCGACGAGACGAGAGCAACGACUGCUGCAGCAGCAGCAUGAGCAGCGACGGAUCAACCUGGAACACGGGAAGCAGCAGCAUGCUGCUUGGAACACUGGACGCGGAAUGGCGCGGAGUGGACGCGGAAUGGCGCGGAGUGGACGCGGAAUGGCGCGGAGUGGACGCGGAAUGGCGCGGAGUGGACGCGGAAUGGCGCGGAGUGGACGCAGAGUGGCGCGGAGUGGACGCGGAAUGGCGCGAAGUGGCGCGGAGUGGCGCGGAGUGGACGCGGAAUGGCGCGGAGUGGACGCGGAAUGGCGCGGAGUGGACGCGGAAUGGCGCGGAAUGGACGCGGAGUGGACGCGGAGUGGACGCGGAGUGGCGCGGAGUGGACGCGAAAUGGCGCGGAGUGGACGCGGAAUGGCGCGGAGUGGACGCGGAAUGGCGCGGAGUGGACGCGGAAUGGCGCGGAGUGGACGCGGAAUGGCGCGGAGUGGACGCGGAAUGGCGCGGAGUGGACGCGGAAUGGCGCGGAGUGGACGCGGAAUGGCGCGGAGUGGACGCGGAAUGGCGCGGAGUGGGCGCGGAAUGGACGGGAGUUGCUGGCUCGCCUGA